ACUAUCUGCCGACAAUGUUGAAAGGAAAGACAGAUAGAAUCGAUCGAUAGCGAAAAAGAUAAAUUAAAAAAGCAGACAGUGGCCAGCGAUCCCGCACGAUGAAACGUUUUUCAUCGUUCGAGAUCUAAACCCGAGCGGAGGCCAAGAAAAAAAUAGAUCUAAAUUUGAGGCUUUUGUCAUCAAAUCCUUAGAGAUCAUAUAUUGAGAGAAGUAGCCAGCUUGAGCUUUCUAUAGAGAGAUAUCAAAUGAGGAAUCAGGCAUAUCAACAACAACCAACUUUUUAUGCAAUUUUUUUCAUCUUCUUAGGGAGGGGUUAGUUAAUUUAUCAUGUGUUAUGUGCACAGGAACGAAGAGUAAGUAAGAGGUUGGAGACCAAGAUGGAGGAGCUGCAGUCAGAAAUGGAUGCCCUAAACGAGGAACAAUCAAGAUUAAGAUAAGGGCAAAGAGAAAUGAAACAACAUUUUGAAAAGAUCAAAGCGGAGUGUGCACAGCUGAGACAGGAGACCAGCCUCCUUCUCCAGCGAAAUCUAGGCUCCCAGCCUCGCCUUGUUGCGAACAAACGUGGUUCUAUCUAACGAACAUCUUGCAAAUUAAUUAGAGAGGACAUGGAUUUUGCCUUUGCCAUAUGUUGCUGUGUUAAAUUAAUUAUCAAUAUGAAUGUCACCUUCUAUUACAUUUCUACCACUGGUUGUAUAUAUUGAGGUCUGCUUUCUAUGGAUAAACAAAAAAUCAUGCGUUUC